AUGUAUAAAACUCCUUCAAAACCCAUAUUAAAUACACCAAUAAGGCAUUUUUCAGACACUGACAUGCUUCCUUCCACUUACAGAAACCUCUUGAAUGCUGCCGCUUUACAGUUGGGUAUUGCUCAAUUGCAUGCUAUUGGUGAUUUGCGGUCCAUGCCACUGGCCCAUUUUUUUGGAGUAAUUACUGGACUUAAAAAACCAUCCGUCACAUCUACAGGAGAAUACAUGCUAUCGUUGACCUUGUCAGAUCUAACAUUUGAUGCACACACAUAUAAUGGCAUUACGAUCAACGUGUUUAGACAAUUUGAGUCCGACUUUAUAUCCAUACUCGCAAUUGGAGAUAUUGUUAGAUUGGAAGUCGAGAUUGGAGUUUUUAAUGGACGUCUACAGGCAGUACAAAAACGAAUUUCUGAAAAAGUAUUUAUUUUUUAUCCAGCAGGAAAGCCAGUGGAAAACAGUCCAGAAACUAAAGUCGUCAUGUUUUUACGAAACUGGUGGAGUACUCAAGUCAAAUCAUCUACACCUCCAGCAAUCAAAAACUUUGAUAAGAAACGGAUGACUGGACCCAUUUCUCAACUUGUAGUGGGACAGUUUUAUGAUUUGACUGCCAAGAUUGUCAAAGUUGUUAGUACGUCGCCGUAUACACUUGCACUUGUGGACUACACGACAAACUCGUCUCUUACGAAAUGCUUAUUUGCACCCGAUGAAUAUCUUCCUGCAACUAUUCUUCAAAAUGGAAUUUUCGAGUGCAUGUUUUGGAUGCCUUUUCAUGAACUUGGUUCUCCCGAUCAGCUUCCAAAAGUGGGCGAUAUAGUUUGUAUUAAAAAUAUGCGAUGCAAAAUAGGCAAAUCAGGCCAUAUGGAAGGAGCUGUGAAUUCCGAUCCAAUCGUCCACCAACACUUUCGUAAACUAUCCAACUCGGAUCCAUCUGUUCAACAUAUUCUACAACUUGCUCAAAAAAUGGACACUCGUCGAACCCUUUUAACACAGCGUAUAUCUAAAAUCACACACAUUAGCGACAUUCUUACAGAUACUGUUAUACCAGCAAAGUAUACAUGUUUGGUAAAAGUGGUUGCUCAGAUGCCACGUCAGAUUUGCAACUUUACACGACCUUACUGCAACUAUUGUGAAUCUACAUUUGUGCUUGAUUCAAACGACAAGCAAGCACAUGAAAAGAUGAUGUGUCCAAGUUGUAAAUCGGAUGAAUAUAUUCAACACAUUUACAUGUAUAGUCUAUUGAUGACAGAUGGAACGGGGUAUUUGCCCGUGAUUCUAUCAGGCGAAGAUGCAAUUCACUUUGUUGGAAUUCCACCAUGCGAUCUAGUUUUAAACCCAGCCACACUUGCCAAACUCAAGUGUCGAUUAGGACAGAUCUGUUCUGAUUUUGAACAUGUAUCGGAUAAAAACACAAUGCCAGAGUUUGAAUGCAUGAUCGAAUCGUACAUGACAACGCAGACUGACGGGAGCAAUGCAGUUCGAUACAGACUAUUCAACACGGCCAUUCACUCUCGCUCAUAA